AUGUGGAUCUGUUGGAGCAAACACAGAGGAGGCCACCAAGCUGAUCAAGUGAAUGGCUGAGAAAGUUGGGAUUGUUCAACCUGGAGAAGAGAAGGUUCCCUGCUAUUCUUAUGGUCAAAAGUUGUCCAAACUGGCCAUCUUGAGAAUAGCCUGUAACUAUAUCCUUUCCCUGGCCAGACUAGCAGACCUGGAUUACAGCGCUGACCACAGUAACAUGAGCUUCUCUGAAUGCGUGGAGCAGUGCACUAGGACCUUACAAGCAGAAGGAAGAUCUAAAAAAAGGAAGGAGUAAUAACCAGGAAGGGAGGAUUCUGAAGAGCUUCCAACCAGAGUUACAUCUGGUCUUGGCAAAGGUUGCACGAUCCAGACGAAGACUGAAAGCAGCUUUUUUGCAGAAACCCCUACUGGAGAUGAUGAUUGGCCAAGGAACUUUCUUAAUCUCUGGAACAGAAAGGAAAAAAGGAAAAGAAGAGAAAAAACAAAAGGACAGGGAUGCUUCUUAUCGUUGUUAAGCCAGCCACCUUUUAGUACGUGCAAUUUAUUUAGCACUUUUCCCUUUGCUUAACUGGGAAAUGUUACCCUCUCAGCUCAUGUGUACAGAAAUUUUUUGUUGUUGUUGUUGUUGCUGUUGUGCCAAAGAUUUGAUGGAGCUUCUA